AUGUACAUAAAAAUCUUUUCAGUUACUGCAGUACCAACAAUGAAUGAUUUAAAAUUGUUAUGGACACUUUUAUGCGUUUUUUCAUUAAUUUAUGCAUCCUCAUCCAUCGGCAGUUCUCCAACCAUUUCAAAAUAUCAUAACAAUAUACACAACUCAAUUCCUGUAACAAAUACUGCAGAACGACCAUCCGAGUUUCAUAAUGUACAUCCAACACACUCCGAGUUUCAUGAAAAUUCUCUCCGAGAUUAUUUUGUAUGGCUCACCGAUGUGCAUUAUGAUCCCUUGUAUGAUGAUUCUGUUCCGGCCAAGAAUUUCUGUCGGCCUCUUAUUCACCAUAAUGAAGUAGCAACAAAAACUUCUUCUUUCAGUAGCAACCCCACAAGAAUUUCACGGAGUUCUCAACAAUGGCACGCUCAAUCCAUUCAUCCAUCCAAACACGAUUUAUUCAUCAUUGAACAAAUUGAAAAAGAAUUUCAUGAAAUGAGGCGAAUGGAAGAGAAGGAACAAGCCUUUCGCUAUUUGGAAGAAAAACGAAAAAAACUUGAGCAACUGAUCAAUGAUGGAAGAAUGAGACAACGAUUAUUGCAGUCUCCAAUCAUGUAUCCUCAACAAAAAACAAAAUUUGGAAAAUAUGGAUGUGAUGCUCCAGUGUCGUUGGUUCAAUCGACCUUUCAAAAAAUUGGACAAGUUAUUAAGGAAGAACAUGCAAAAGAUCCUGAUUUUAUUAUCAUGACUGGAGAUUAUAACGCACAUCAUUUAAAAGAUGCACAACAAGCACUGUUAAAUAUGAGAGAUGUCACACGAAUGAUGCAACAAGAAAUUGGUCGUUCUGUUCAGAAUAUUAAGAAAAUUCCAUUAUUGCCUUGCAUUGGAAACAAUGAUUUAUUUCCAGAUUAUUAUUUGCCAUUUAUUGAGGAUCCAGAUAAUGGUACACUUGCUCUCAAAUGGUACGACCAGUUGUGGAAUGAACCUGUGGGAUGGAGUCAAUUAUUUGGCCUCAAUGAAACUUAUCAACGAGAGACAUUCCUCCGAGGAGGAUAUUACAAAUACGAAUUGAACAAGUUUUCAAAUGGUAAACCAAGCAAAAUUAUCAUUCUCGUAUUGAAUUCCAUGCUAUAUUCAAAGAAUCGAUGGCCAGAAAUGAAAAACGGCCAAAUGCCAUCCGAUCCUUCAGGCCAAUUCAAAUGGAUCCAAACCGAAUUACUCAAUGUGAAAAAUCAAAACGAUCAAGGCGUUGAAAUCUCUGUCAUUAUAGCGACUCAUAUCCCUGCUGCUCAAAAUUCAUACGACGACAAAGAGUUAUGGGAAGAGGAAUAUUUGGAAAAAUUCAAAAAUUUAAUUCAACCCUUUAGCAAGUAUAUUCGAACAAUAUUAUAUGGUCACUUGCAUAAGGACGAAUUUCGUUUACUCGUGUCCAAUCAACAGAAAGAUGUAACCAACACGAGAAAGAAUUCACACAACAACGACCCUGUAGAUAUUUAUGGAAUGAUUGGACUCUCUGUUUCUCCUGUUUUUUCAAACAAUGUCGGCUUUCGAGUGUUAUAUUACGAUCAACAUGCAACCAUUCAAGACUAUGAUCAGUACUUUAUGGAUCUCUAUUCAAGUAAUCAGUUGAAUCAAGCACUCUGGAACAAGGAAUAUUCCUUUUCAACUGCCUAUCCAAAAGUAUUUGAGAAUGAACAAUGUAUCAAUCCCAAGACGAUUUCAACGUUAUUGAAAACACUUAAAAAUCCAAUGCUCACACCUGAUGAGAAUAACACAAUGAUGACCUCCUUGAUGAAAUACUUGAGUUAUUACACUGGCAUGUAUAUUAAGGAUCGUUACAAAUUUUAUUGUGAAUUCGAUCAUGCAGAUGAAGCUUCAUUUUUGCAAUGCAUUAAUAACGGAACAGAUAGUGGAUCAUCCUAA